GUGGCGCAGCGCAGUGACGCGGAUGAUGGCGGCUUUGGUAGCGGCAACUGAGGCUCUGAGAGAGUUGGUCACCUGCGGCGAGAGCUGCCAAGUCUCCGCACAGGACACUGAGGCGGGGGCUGUGCUUCUCAUGCUGUCUCACAACCUGUUGCUGUUGAGGGAGAAGCUGGAGCAGGAUCCGGGCUACACGGAGCUUAGCCGGCUCCGGGGGCAGCUUGUGCCGCGAUUACGCUGGUGGCUGGAGUCGCAGGAUGUCGUGUGGAUGUUUGUUUCGGAGACACUGCUGCUUCUCUUGUGUUUGAAGCAGACGAUGAUUGAUCUGUUAGCGUCAUUCUCCCCUCCAAAGCCAAACCCCAGGAGCCCAGAGUGUGCACCGGCACUCUCGCCAGACACCCUGAGCAUCGCACAACAGAGGACUGUCCAAGCUGCACUGCAGUUCAUCAUCAGCCUUGGAAUCUGCCCCUAUCUCCUCUCUGGAGUUGGGACACCUCUUGCCUGCAGAUCGGUGUUUGCAGCAAUGGUUGAGAAGGUGAUCAGCUAUUCUGUGCCGCCCAGCGGGAGCCGCAGGCUACACACAUGUGUCACCGUGCUGUUGGACAUUGCUGAGCACCAUUCUCUCGGAAACAUGCUCCUCACACGGCACCUUGGGGAUGUGAUUGCUGGCCUUUGCCAACUGGGAUAUUCUCCACACAGGAGUCGGAUGGGGCCGGUCUCACCAGAGGAUCCCCGAGGGAGCAGUGAGCUGCCAAAGGAGCUGAUGGCUGAGGAGUGUCAGCGGUGUCAGGAGUUUCUUCGGCAGCUGCUGGAUCGUGUGUACCAGCCCCUCGUGGUCAGGCAACUGUUGCUGCUGCAGGGAGGAGCCAAGCAGGUUGCUGCACCGAACAGCGGGAAAUCCCAGCGACACCCUGCAGCCCCACGAUGGCUGCGGGUCCUGUGUGGGCAGCUGCUCUCUCAGAGGCUGAUGAAACCUCAUGGUGUCCAGGCGGUUGUCCGAGGGAUUUUGGAAGGAGCUGGAGCUGGAGGCCAAUGUGCAGAUGUGGUUGAUGCUGAUUGGAAGCAAUAUGAGAGUGUUGCACGGAUCCUCGCAGCAUGUCCUCAGCAGUGUCUGUCCAUUGAAGAAUACUACAGUCACGUGUGUCCUCAGGUCCUGGAGAUGCUGAACAUCAAAGAUAAACUUACUGCUCGUCAGUUUGAGAAAGUGGCCACGAGGUCAGCGCUUUCCCUGCUGAGCGAGCAGCCAGGCCUGGCUGACAAGUACUUGCUUACACCCCUGUUCAGCCCCCUGCACCUCUGCCUGGAGCCCACAGAGGUGCUGUCAGGAGAUCAGCCACUCGGAGCCCGGCUUGUGGAGGAGGGAGAUCUCAGCAGGUCCGUUGAGAAUAUAUAUAAGUUGUGUGUGGUUGGCAAUGAUGCAGAUGCCAUGCUGCUGAAAUCACUGCAAUCGGUGAUUUGUGUCAUCUUCCAUCUUUACUGUUUCACAAAACAAGGCGUCUCCUACUUACGCUCUCUAUCACAGGAGAUCGUGUUGUGGUUGAUGCAGCAAUUGGAGCCACACAGGGCAGUGUGGGUGUUACAACAGCUCGCAGGGCUGACUCCUGCUCCCAGCUCAGCCCUUAUCCCGGGCUUCCAUCCACAGUACUGCUUCAAACCGGGCAGCCAGGGAGGUGUCAGGCUCUCUGUGAAGGAGGUUUCCGGUGAAGCUGACGAGGUUCUGUAUGAGAAGCUUCACUGGGAGCAAUGGCGGCUCGAAUGCCUGGGGGACAUCCUAAGCUGCCUGCCUCAGAAGGGCGGCGUCGCCGGAGACUUCUUCCUCCAGUGUUUGAAGGGCCUGGUGAGCCUGGGAGAGGAUGGCGACUGCCAUCCUGCAUCAGGAUCUCAGCCGCUCCUGGACCCCAGUGACAGGGAGUCUCAGCAGCUGCUCACUCUGCAGCUUGUAGCUGUGCUGAGUGAGCGACUGGGUCCCACGGUGCUGAGCAACACUGUGCAGCUGAUGGAGUUUGUUGGGGCUGUGCUACAGCGAGUCUGUGCUGAUCUCACUGGCCGAGACAUGGACACUGUGGAGACCGAGACGCUGAGUGUGGCAUUGGGGCUGAUCGCAGCCAUGCUGGGAGGAGGAGUGCAGUUUGCUCAGGCUGACUAUGAAGCUAUGGAGGUGCUGCUCGCCCCGCUGGAGCAGAUCAGUGUGGCACACAGGGACCCCAGCACACAGCAACUGGCCGCAGAGUUACGCAUUACAAUCGCCACCCACGGAGCCAUCACCCGACCAUCACACAUUGCUGCGGGGAGCAGACAUGGCACCAGAGGCCACCAUGGCUCAGAGUUGGACAUGACAUCGACCAAGUUUAAUAAUCUCCAGGAAUGUGGUCCAGGAGAAGGCACAGUGCCUGAGCCUAGGCCACUGACCCCGUCUACACACAUGGUGGAUCACACACAGUCUGGGAAUCCUCCCAACAAUUUCCACCAGGUUCUGCAAGCGGCCUGUGACCCUGAGGUGCCCACCAGGGUGGCUGCUCUCCGCACCCUCACACAAACCAUCAAACACAGGAGCCAGGAAGCUUUGAAUCACUGGGAACAGCUUCUGACGGUUUUCCUGGACAAUCUGGGGCACGAAGACUCGUUUGUUUAUUUAACUGCUAUUCAAGGUCUAGAGGUGCUGUCAGACUCCGCUCCUGACCACAUGCUGCUGCACUUGCUACGAGAAUACCAGAGCACGUCACUGCGAGAACAAACAGCAGGAAGUGUGGACAGGAGGAUGAAGAUGGGAGAGGUACUGAUGCGAGUCACAAGGGCAUUAGGCGCAGUUGCCCCUCAUUACCGGGACCCCCUGAUCCAGGCCUUUCUGAUUGGGAGCCGAGAUGCUGACAGCACGAUGAGAGCCAGCAGCCUGUCUAAUCUGGGCGAGCUCUGCCAGAGGCUGCACUUUGCUCUCGGGCCUGUUAUACAUGAGGUUGUGGCUUGCCUUUCUGCCAUUGUGAAGACAGAGCAGGAGGCUGAGGUGCGACGUGCUGCAGUGCAUGUGGUGACACUCCUGUUGCGGGGACUCAGUGAGAAAGCACUGCAGGUGCUGAGUGACGUGCUGCGGGAUCUCUAUCGUUUGCUGAAGUUUGUGCUGAGGACAGAGAUGGACGAGGUCACCGUGUUACAUGCUCAGCUCGCGCUGCAGGAGAUGGACGAUGUUAUCAGGAAGUUUCUAUUCCCAGAUCAAAAACUGGAGAAAAAAAUUAUGGUUCUUCCAUGAUUUAAAAAUUCCUGGAGGGGUAUUAAUGAGAGUGUUUGCGGGAUAGAGUUACCAAGGGUGGGGGCUGAGGGGGGCUCGAGAGGGGGGAACGAGGGAGGUGACAAUUGGGGGAGAAAAAUGUGGUUCUCACCCUCUCUGGGUUGGAGGCAUCAAGUCAACAAAAAAUUAUUUUUCAUAAAAAGAUAUUUUAGUAAAUACAA